UAUUUACAACGUAACAUGGACCUCUUCGCGAAUCACUGUCGGCUGUGCCGGGCGGAAAAUGGCCCGAACUCGGGCUGGCCACAGCUGACUCAAUCCGGCAACGAGAAAAUUCUAGCCUGUACCGGUGUACAGAUACGGGCGGAUGAUGGCUUGCCGCAACGGAUCUGCCAGCGCUGUGAAGCAUCGCUGGACCAGGCCGACACCUUCCGGUUGCAGUGUCGGGAAGCGGACGCCUGGUGGAGAUUCAAUUUUGGAGAGAGCGUUGUUGAGCCAGCUCCGAUUGCGUCGAUCUAUGUUAAACCGGAAGUUGUGGAGGAUUCAGACGGUGGCGAGAAGCAACCUAUUCGGGUGCAAACAGUGCUCAAGGAAGAGCCAGUCAAGUUUGAAGAUUCGGAUUACGAACCGACGAAAGAGGAGCCAAGUUCUGAUGAAUCUGAGGAAGAUUCUAGUAAGAAAAAGAAAGCUAAGACAAAAGCAAAGAAGAAGGGUCGGACGGACUUCCGGUGCAGCGUAUGUUCUAAGCAAUUCCUAGCAAAGUGUUUGCUUGAAGCACAUGAGGCUCAUCACCGUGGAGUUCGGGAGCACGAGUGUACGCUGUGCGACAGCAAAUUCUUCGGAGUAAUAGGCCUCAAGCGACACAUGACCCUAAAACAUUCGACGAACCUACCCUUCGCGUGCGACAAAUGCGACCGGAAGUUCCCAAAGAAAAGUGCUCUACUUCAACACCAGAUCACACACUCGGAAGCAAGGCCAUUCAGCUGCGAGCAAUGUCCCAAGGCGUUCAAAACACAACCCCAGUUGAACGCUCACCUGCGGUACGUACAUCAGCCGCCGGAGGUCAAGGAAGAACAGCGGAAGGCCAAUGAAAAAAUCUGCGUUUGCUCGUACUGCGGCAAAAUAUCCACCACAGUCACAAAUCACAAGAUACAUCUGAGAACUCACACAGGUGAGAAAAAGUACGAGUGCCAGAUCUGCAACAAGCGGUUCACGGCGGCCUGGUCCCACCGUAAACAUAUGUGGAUACAUACGAACGAACGGCCGUACCAGUGCCAGUACUGCGAGAAGGCGUUCCGUGCGAAACACCAUUUGGAUACGCACAUCCGCGGUGUUCACAACAAUGAUCGACCCUUCCAGUGCCGGUUCUGUCCGAAGGCGUUCGUAACCAAGCAGAGCAUGCAGUUCCACGAGAAGACGCACGGAGAACCGGUGCUUGGACUGAACGGAUGUUAAUAAAGUUUGUGAGUCAGAC